AUGCUGAUAUGUCGUUCAGAUAUCCGAGCCGUCGCGGUGGCUGGAGUCGGCUUUUUCUUAGACUCUUACGACAUCUUCGCUAUAAACCUCAUCACCACAUUCCUCGGUGUCGUCUUCUGGCAAGGCUCCCCCGAUCAAUCUGUCAACGGCUUUGGCGGCAACUAUGGCAAGCUACCGACGCCUGUCAGUCAAGCAUUGAAGGCUUCUACCAGCGCCGGAAUUGUGAUUGGGCAGGUCGUGUUUGGCUGGCUGGCUGAUGUCUUUGGACGGAGGAAGAUUUACGGCGUGGAGCUAGGUAUCAUCGUGUUGUCCACGCUGAACUGUGCUCUUGCAAGCCCGAGUCAAUCUAUGAGCUCGACUGGACUGCUUGUCUUUUGGAGAGUCAUGAUGGGUAUUGGCAUUGGCGGUGACUAUCCCCUAUCUUCAGUUAUUACAUCAGAAUUCGCCCCUACGCGCUGGCGAGGAGGCAUGAUCGCUGCCGUGUUUUCCAUGCAAGGAAUUGGGCAGUUGGUCGCUGCCAUCGUUGCUCUCGUAACCACCGCCGCCUUCAAAGACUCCUUCAUAAAUAUCAAAAGCGUUGGAGAAUGCGACUACGCCUGCCAAGUUGCGGCUGACCGAUCGUGGCGCAUUAUCGUCGGCUUUGGAGCACUUCCAGCUUGCUUUGCUCUGUACUAUCGAAUCACCAUCCCUGAGACGCCAAGAUACACAUUUGAUGUCGCUCACGAUGUCGAGAAAGCCGAUGCUGAUAUCAAGGCCUACAUGUCGAACAGAUCCGAAGGUGAUGUCGACGAGGUGCAGCAGGCACGGAUGAAGAAGAUUGCUGCUCCGUCUUUGACUAUCCCUCAAGCAUCGUGGCCGGAUGUCUGGUCUUACUUCAGGGAGUGGAAGCACUUUAAGAUACUUGUUGGGACCACCAUGUCGUGGUUCUUCCUUGGGCAAUAG